AUGUAAGUUGUAUAAGAAUUUCUCAAGAGGUGCGAUAUUUUUGGAUAGGGAGUUAAUUUUAAUUAUAAAAAAGAAGAUACCUAUAGGACAGGAUUUGGAGGACUUGCAUCUUUAGUGAUAAUUGUUGUUUUGGUUGUCUUUUUUCAAUCUAAUGUUAUCACUUUUUUUGCAAAAACUCAAAUUUUUGUUGCCUAAAAAACAGAUUUCCAAGAAGACCCUGACCUAAUAGAACUAAAUGAUGAGAAUUUUAUGAUUGCUUUUCAAAUUGAACAGACAAACUUUACAACAAACCCUUACUUUAACAUUACAGUGUUACAGCAGAAAUCUACACGGUUGGAUAAUGGAACAGUGAUAAAAAUAGCUCAAGAGAUCAAUUUAAUUCCUUGUACACUAGACAGAUUCCAAAAGGUUUUUACUAAAUACAAUGUUGAUUUCAAAGCUCAAUUCGACCAAGUAGGACUAAAGAAUUUCCUGUGUCCAGAUUAUAACUAUUCAUUAAAUUUAGCAGGAAGGUACGCAAGUCAUGAAUUCGACUAUAUAAAAAUAAUCGUGACAGAUUGCAAUAAUAAUACUAGUCAAAAUUCUCGAUUAACUUGGAAGCCGAAUUGUCAAACGAAGGAGGCAAUUUCGAGUUUUUUAUCAAAGAAUUCAGCUUUUAAAGUUUCCCUUUACAUGACAAACCUAGUAAUGAAUCCUACAAAUCCAAAAGAUUAUGCAACAGCAUUUUUAGAUGACGAACUAUAUUUUACUUUUACUCCAAAAUAACUAUCAAGAUAAGCUAACAUAUUUUGGAGGAAAUACAAUUUUUAAACAGACGACAGUUUGACACCAUUUCAAGCAAUAGUCAACGAAACUUACAAUGUUAGAUCAGCUACAGAUUAUAGAGAUCUAACCUUGUUGGGAACAGCAGCGGAUAGCACUUAUGCACAAUUUUAUAUGAGAAGGAGUACAUAUUCAGAAAAUAUUUUGAGAAACUAUUAAAAAGUAGAUGAUUUAAUGUCCUAUUUGGGAGGAUUCUUAUAAAUAAUGAUCGUAUUCUUCGGAUUCUUUAUUUAGGUUUAUAACAAAUAAUCCUUUGAUUUAUCAAAUGAAUUAUUUGAUUUUGAUCUAGAUGAUAACUCAUAAUCUAAAUUAAAUAGGAAUGAUUUAAUAUCGAAUGCUGAUGAUUUCGACUUUCAGGCCUAAGCCUAAGACUCAAAUCAAUAACAAUCGAUGAUGAGUUUGGGACAAGUACAGCAAAGUGCCAGAUUUGAUAAAGAUUAAACAAAUAUGAAUAAAUCAUAAAAAUCCAUAAAGAAUCCGUCAAAAGGAAUUUCGAUUAAAUAAUUGAAUUCAGUUCAAGAAAUUAUCCCUUUAUCAUAAUUAUCUAUUAAUAAUAUUAAAUUGUUGGAGAAACAUCAGACUUCGUUAGAUAAGAUUGGAAGUAAAAAUGGAAGAUAAUACUUUUUCGAAUAGAUAUAAAGAAUAUUUGCUAAAACUAGAAAGUUAGAAUUUACAUUUAGGUUCUUUUUCUAAAAAGUAUUUUGCGAAAGAAUGAUGAAAAAUCCUUAAGUUCUAUUAUUGAAUAAAGCUGUAAACCAAAUUAAUGCAGAAUUGGAUGUUUUUGGUAUUUUAGAUAAGUUACAUGAAAUAGACAAAUUAAAAGAAUUGUUAUUGAAGAAGCCUCAAUAAAUCAUCUUUAAUUUUACUCCUAAACCUUUGAUUACCUUGCAAGAAUCAAAAUCCUUGCCUUCAAGACAACGGGCUUAGACUUUGAAAUCUUCAAAGCAUUCAAGAUCUAUGAAUAAUAUAAACAAGGUAGAAUCUUCAAUGAAAAUCUAAUUAGAUUAGGUGAGCAAAUAAGUGAUAGAAAACAAGGAGAAUUUUCUUGAUCCUGAUUCUCCUUAGUAUCUAUAUUCUAAAUUGUUUAAAGCAUACGAAAGACUGAUGGCUUUAAUAGAAAAUUAAGAUGAAGAUGCCUAUCUAAACAAUCAAUUAAUUAAAAAAUUGGGACCGUAAAUCUAGAACAUUUUUGAAGUGUCGUGGCUAUUAAUCUAAUAAACUAAGACUUCUAAAGAGAUUGAUGUAAAUGAUCGAGCUAAAAGGCUGAUAUCCUCUAAAUUUAGCAAAUUUAAAAAUCCAGUUUAAUAAGAUAAAGAAUCAGAUGGUGAAGUGGAUCUUUAAGAUAUUGAAAUGCAAUUAAGUCCUAAGACAUCUUAAAAUUAGAGCAUAUUGAAAAGAGUUAUCGGAAAAAGAAAUUCCAAUGAAUUUUGA